UUCGGGGCUCGGUAACUCUCGUGCUAGGGUAGUGCCGUGGAGCCGAGCACGGCAAGGCAGAGGGAAGCGUUCGCGCGGAACUUUGUGAAUCAGUUCUCGCGUUUGGGGGUGCGGUGCUGGUAUUGUAGGAAGCGUGCCCCGUGACAGCGCCCAUCAGGGUCGCUUAGCGAGCUGGGAAACGUCGUUUCCUUAAACUGCCUCAAGGCUGGCGGUGCUCCAGGGAUGCUGUGUGCCUUCUUUGGCAGGGAGAAACUGAUGUAAAUGCUGGUGACCAUGCAGAAUGCAGUUCAGGUGUGGUUUGGAGAUGACCUUCCUUUAAGUCCUCGAAGCCCUCUGACUCCCAGACACGGCCCAGGUCUGGCAGAUGUGUGCCUGUACGACCAGUGGAUAUCUGUGCGGCAUGAAGCAACAUUGGUGCCUAUGCAAGAAGACCUGUCAAUCUGGCUGUCUGGCUUGCUGGGAAUAGAAGUCACAGCAGAGCAACUGCUGGAAGAACUUGAUAAUGGAGUACUACUCUGCCAAUUGAUUGGUGUUCUUCAAAACACAAUUAAAAAAUCAUGUAGCUCAAAUAAUUUAAGGAAUUUUCCAAUGAGAAAAGUUCCAUGUAAGAAGGAUGCUCCAUCAGGAUCUUUUUUUGCCAGAGAUAACACAGCCAACUUUCUUAACUGGUGUAGGGCCAUUGGAGUUGAUGAGACUUACCUCUUUGAAUCUGAAGGUUUAGUUUUGCACAAGGAUCCAAGACAAGUGUAUCUUUGUUUGUUGGAAAUUGGACGCAUUGUAUCCAGAUAUGGAGUUGAACCUCCUGUGCUUGUAAAACUGGAGAAGGAAAUUGAGCUAGAAGAAACACUGCUAAGGACCUCUGGACCAGCAUCACCUGUUGACACAGCAAAGUCGUGUUGUCACCAUGGGGAGCUACAUGAGGCAGUUAAACACAUAGCAGAAGAUCCACCUUGCAGCUGCUCCCAUCGAUUUUCCAUUGAAUACUUAUCUGAGGGGCGUUAUAGACUGGGAGAUAAAAUAUUAUUCAUACGAAUGCUCCACGGCAAACAUGUGAUGGUCCGUGUUGGUGGAGGAUGGGACACACUCCAAGGCUUUCUGCUUAAGUAUGAUCCCUGCCGCGUGCUUCAGUUUGCAACUCUGGAGCAAAAAAUCUUGGCUUUUCAGAAGGGAGUCACCAGUGACCAUAUCUCCAACUCAGCAGCCAGAAUUCAGGAACCUCCUGUCAUGAACCCAAUGUCAGCUGUCAGUAUGUUUCAAAAGCAACCAGCAAACCCUCCUACUCCUGUUCCAGCCCUAAAAGCUGUCCAUGGGGCAACAGUUAAGAAGCCUUUAUCUAAACAUCCUCAGUCUCCUGCCCUGACUUCACCGAAGGUGCCAGUGCACACAUCUUCCGCUGCCAAGUUGUUGUCAGCCAGACCCAAACUAGCAGAUGCUCAGUCUCCUUUCAAACCACUGAUGGGCACCUCAAAGAAACUGGCAUCUCCUGCGCACCACUCACCAGCUCCUGUUCCUUCACUGCCUGCAAGCAAGAGCUCUUCAUCUACAAGAUCAAGAGCAGCUCUUGUUCACUCUGAAACAUUACGCAAACGUAUUCGCUCCCCUGAUGCUCCAAAGGUGAGAUUUGCCCCAGCCCAAGGCUCCCCAGCAACAGGGAUGCAUUCUGCGCUCUCAGCAUCUAAGAAGCAGUUGUCUCAGUUGCCUGCAACAAGUGAAACAUUGGCUUCGAAACAGAAGUGUGUCCCCUCUAAAUCUAAACCUGCAUCUGUCACUAAAACCAAGGUAAAUUCUGUUGCUCCGAGACCAGCCCAGCCACCUGUUAGCAAUCUGCGUGCUGUUGCCAAGUUUGCACAUUCCCAGCAGCUCUAUGUGAAAUCUCCUUCUGAAAAUACUACUCAGGGAUCAGGAACUGGGUCUCAGCAUCCUCGGAAAGCUCCGCAAACAGCUUCUGAUCUGGCAAGGAACCUGAAGACUGCUUCAAUCCUAAAGCACUCAGCUUCUGUACCUUCCCUGGCAGUUAGUAAAUCAUUGAAGUCACCACCUACACUGGGAUCCAGAAGCAAAAAUCUAAUAGCAUCUGUCAGUAAAACACCAACUACAGAGCAUUUACAGACCCAAAAUGUCAAUAAGCCCCCUGAGGUUGGACCCUCCUCAUCCAAACCUCCUGAACGCACUCCACUCUCUGUUGUGCGGCUUCCUCAAACUUCAGCCAAAGUGGCAGUGACCAAAAAAGCAGUGCAGCCCUCCACAAAAAGUCAGCCUUCAAGUACAGACUUGCAAGCCAAUGGAAACUUGAUCCCAACAGCGAAGAAACCUCUCUCUAAAGGAAAAUCAGCAACAGCCUGUAACAAAGGAGCACCUAAUGCAUCGAAAGGGCCUCUUCUGAAGAGCAAACAAGAUGAUCAUUAUUUUGUUAUGACUGGGAGUAAAAAGCCCAGAAAGUAAACCUAUCUGUUAACUUCUGUGGAAGUCCCUGUAACAUUCAAAUGGGCCUCUGAAAAUUGCUAUGCUAAAGAGAAAAAUAAGUUAACUAACACUACAUGUGCCAUUCCAAAUGUUAGGCAUGAUUACAUUUUGCUGCAUAACUUACAGUAAAAACUGUAUUUAUUUUGCAGUUUUAAAACUUUUUUUUAGAUAUAUUUACAAGUAAGCUUGCUUGCACUGUGGAAUAGAGGAUAACCAUGUUUGCUGCUAGCCUGACCUGCUGUGGGGAAAGGCAGGAGAGAGGAAGGGGAGCUGGAAUGCUGCUGCUUUUUGUUUUCCAGGGAGUUAAGCUGAGCAAUUCUGGUUGUUCUAAGCACAUCUGCAUCAAGGCCUGUGGCAAGCGAUAGAGCUGUGCAGAUGCUAUAAAAUUUCUAAUACCUCAAACAAAAUUUUUGAGGGUUUUUUCCCUUUUUUUUUUUUUUUUAAUUUUCAAGUUUGUUAGUGUUUCAGGACCCGAAAUCUGGGUAUCCUGUGUGUAUUAGAGACAUUGGAAGACAUUUUUUUUUUUUUUUUUUUUUUAACUCAGAGGAUGUUGAGGCACUGGCACAGACUGCCCAGAAAGCUGUGGGUGCCCCAUCUCUGGAGGCACUUAAGGCAAGGUUGGAUGGGACUCUGGGCAGCCUGAACUGGAAGGUGGCAGCCCUGCUCAUGACACAGGGUGGGACUGGAUGGGCUCUAUGUCUCUCCAAAUUUACGUCAUUCUAUGAUUAGAGAGAAAUCUCUGGACUUAUUCAGUUUGACUGCUGUAGCUAUCAGCAUUCACUAUGCUCCUACGUGCCUAAACAGGGCUUCAGCUUGCUUGGGUGUGGAGCCUUGGCUUGCUUUAAAUUAUGCAUAGGAAAUCAUGGCCUUGAUCACUCUUCUUUUUUUUUUUUUUUUUUUUUUUUUUUUUUUUUUUUUUUGUGCCUUAGCAUUGCUGCUUGUAAAGGCCUGGGGAGACAACUUUGCAGCUCUUGCUGCAUGGGAAGAAGUUGCUGUGAGGUCAUUUUCCUGCAGGAUGGACACCAUGGGGCUGGCAUAGGGCCUGCUUGGGCAGAGCCUUGCUGCAGUGCAGGAGUGGCCUUUUUCUGUAAAACUGAACUGCUGAACACUUAUUGAUGCUUGAGGUUUAUUUGUGUGGGCAGUCUUAGUCUGUGUUGGCCUUUGUUUUGCUUAUGGAGACCUUGCUAGUGGCUCUCCUUAUUACUUUUCAGAGAUGAGGAGUAGUUUCCCACAGAGCUACCAAAGGCUUGUCUUUGCCUUAAUGCCUUUGGAAGUAGCACAGAGUGAAGUGCCAUUUACUCUCAACUCAUGAAGGCUCUUUGUGGGUCCAUGUUUCUCAGUAGAAAUGAGUUUCAUGGUAGAUGAACAAAAACUACUGUCUCUGGAAGUAGCAUUGUUUAAGAUAAUUUGGGUUUAAUGAACAGUCAGUCAUAUGAAUGUCAAGGAACUCUCAGGUUCUGUGGAGAGACACUGUGACUGCAGACUUCCACUGUUGUUACUGUGGCUGUUGUUACUCCUGCUGUCAAGAUAUUUACUUAUGGGUAGAAGAGGCAACAUGGAAACUGCAGCUUCUGAUGCUAUAUGUUGAAUAUUUUCUUCCUGGAACUAGAAUAAGCAAGCAUUGUAAACUAAUUGUGAGUUUUCAUGUGCAGCGGUGACGCUAUCAAGCUACCUGUCUGAGCACCUUGUUAGCUUCGGUUAUUUAUCAUUCUAUUUAUGCAUCUCUACUGUACAACUCCUACAACUCCUGUUUACAACCUGCUGGGAGUAAACAGGAAAUAACAAUAUACAAACUAUUGUAGGAAAAUAUCAGUUUUAAUAACAUAGCUCCCACAAACUUAUGUUCAAGCUUGUAUGUGUGGGGAAGGCCUUACUGCUUAUUUAUUUUAUAAAUGCGCUGGCCAAAGCCACUACUGCAAAUGUUAAGAAUUGUAUUGAUUGUAGGGGAGUUAGGUUAAAAUUGACACGCUAUUUUAUACUCUGAAAGCAUUUUGCAAUAGACGACUUGCUUUUAAUUUUGAUCUCCCAUAGAAUGAGCUGUGAUGCAGCAUCUCAUGCAAUAGAUGAGUUGGGGUUUCUUUCUGUACAAAGUCUGAGUGGGAUGAGGUUGCUCUCUUCACAGCAGCCCAUAUGGUGCUGUGUUCUGGAUUUGUAGCUGACACGGUACUGAUAGCACAGCAGGAUUUGGGCAGUUGCCAGAAUUUGUUUGCAUGGCAUCAAGGCUUUCUUUUUUCCCUUUCUCUUUUCCCCAUGCUGACCCUGACAGCAAGUGGGUUGGGAGUGGGUGCUUGGCUUCUUGCUGGAUGGUUCAACAACCCUCAACACUUUUUGAACUGUUUACAAGUUUCACAGUACUACUAUAAACACCAAGACUCUUGGAUCCCUGCGUAACAGUUAUCUCAGCAUCUACCUUUGAAAGCAAUUAUUUGAGAGAAAGUAAAGUGGAGGGGGGUUUCAACUUUUUAAUGUGUUAUCUCACAUAAUAGAUUGAAUUUUGUUGUUCAAAGUGAAAUGGAAAAGUGUAAACUGGGACACAGGCACUGAAAAAGGAAAAAAAAAUCAUUUUACUGUUGAAAACCUAGACAGUUAAUCUAAAGAUGCUGCAUGUGCUAUGUAUGGGUUAGCUUGGUUUGUUUUUUUAUUACAAAAAUAGUGUAAGUAUGAUCUAACUUGUGCAAAUAAUUGCAGUCUUCAACUUUUUAUUCAGUCAUUUUAUAACUGAUGAUGUCAUGUGGCACAAGGUGAGCUAAUAAUCAAAAUGCAAGAAAAUACCUCCUGCUGAAAAUACUCUUUUCUCAAUGUUUAUAUUGCCAAACAGUAAAUUUGAUCUUCAACUUGUAUUACUUUUUGAGUGGGAAAGAUUAGUUGGAACAAGAAUCUUAUUUCUCUGUAUGCUUUUGAUGUCUUUGAGUACUUAUUCUAAAUAAAUAUAUACUGCACCUUUUUUCAUGCA